AUGGGUCCCGAUGGUGUUUGCGGCACAUCUUUAGAAUCGUUUGUGAAAGCAUUCGAAGGUAUUCUCGAGGGAAUCGCUGAUGAGAAUGGCUCGAGAAAGAAAAAGUUCACUUCAGACGAUCAAAAGGCUAUUUCAGUGAUUCAUAAACUAAUAUCAUCGAGUCGUACUCGCAAAAGCAGUAAUAAUAACCGACCUCCUUCCAGUGGUGUUAACAUAUAUGAAUUAAACGAGAGUUUACUUUAUGAAUGGGAAGAAUCAGCUCCGCCUUCAGUGGCUGUACAACAGCUUGUUUCACUCUUAAGUAAACCUGUUGUCAAGAGUCUGCUGUGGACAUAUGAGCAUAUAAUGGAUGGUCGUUAUUCACCACGAUUACCCGACAUACCGUACGAAGUGGACGAUGAAGAGGGGAUUGCCAUCAAAAUGAUCCGUCUUGUGAAGGGGAAUGAAGCGUUGGGUGCAACAAUCAAGUGUGAUACUGAUGGAUGUGUGUUUGUGGCGAGGAUAAUUGCUGGUGGAGUUGCGGAUCGUUGUGCAUCUAUUCAGGUGUGA